UCAUGUACGAUCCACAUGCCUCGUGUUCUAGAGCGUAGAUAAAGAACAUUAAUGGUCGUUGGCAGUACAGUGUUAAGCGAUUUGAUACAAUCACUGCAAACUGCCAUUCUGAUCAUUUUAAAAGGUUUUUAAUAUGUUUUCAUUUUGGAAAUGACAUAAUCAGUCAUUACGGAAUGACGUUCAGAAAACACGAUGCUUAAUAUGAUUUCCUCGACUAUAAGUUACUUCGGGAAUACCUUCAUUGUUUCGCUAUUAAUUCAAGCCGAGGGCUUGCUAUAGUGUCGCGAUUAUGGCUGCUAGUUUCCAGAGAAAGUCUUCCUGCGUUUCUGAGAUGGAAAGACCAAGCUCGAGCGCCGGUAGGAGAGGACCCAGACGAAGUGUGGCUGGAUAUGAGCACAUUGAACAAACUCAACAGCUCAUGACGUCAAUCAUUCAUGAACUGGUGCAAGCUGGUGACAUAGCUGCUCUUCGAGAAGAACUACGAAGAGAUCAARRUCUGAUCGAGUGUCUAAAUGGCGAAGGUAUGACACCGUUGUUUGUUGCUGUUAGUAUGGGAAAUCUAGAAUUGGUGCAGUUUUUAGCUACUUCAGGGGCGAAAUUAGAYUCUAAAGAUAACCUUGGAAGGACUCCGAUAGCAYUGGCAUCUUAUCAGGGGUGGAACGACGGUGUGUACUACCUUCUAGCGUUAGGAGCAAAUCAAACGAUGGUAGAUAACUGUGGAAGACUUCCUCUACACGCMGCUACUUAUUACAGCAAUCAACGAACUGUUCAAAUUCUUCUCAAGCAGCUUCCUAUUGAGUAUGUUAACACGCAAGAUUGCGAGGGCAUGACUGCUUUUCAUUGGGCUGCUUUCCAUGGUCGAGCUGAUUUAGUUGCACUUUUAGUUGAAAAUGGAGCCGAGCUAAUAGCACGAGAUAAUGAAGGGAAAACUCCAUUACAUUGGGCAGCACAGAAUGGUAGUGUGGACUGUUGCCGGGCUAUAUUAAACACAGUUGCUGGACAACAUCUUCUCAAUGGAAAAGACUUCUCUGGGAAAACCCCUAUACAUUUUGCUGCCGCAGCUGGUCACGUUGAUGCUUUACAAGAACUAAUUACAGAAAAGUUCGCUAACAUUGGUCUUGGAGAUGCUGAAGAUAGAACACCUUUACACUGGGCAGCGGCUACUGGACAUGCGCUGUGUGCUUUGGUACUUCUUCGUGCUGGUGCAGAUAAAGACUGUGUGGAUAAAGAUGGAGCAUCACCCCUCAUGUACGCACAACAAAGGGGACAUAAAUUAUGCUCUGAAUUGAUCUUCAAUCACGAUCCCGAAAACCCCCUCAACACGAGGCUAGCAGAUAAUAUAGUUGAAACUUCAAAACCAAGUACACCUCCUGAAAUCCACAUUGAUACUUCGCCUGGCAGCUUUUCCAUGAAUGGUAAAGUCAGUAGAAAUUCAAGUAGAAAUUCAAGUACCACAAAAUUAAGAGAUAUUGAAAAGACGGAUGAUAAUGAUAACGAAGUUCAGGAGAUAUUUAGUCAAAAUGUUGAAGAGGUACUUGUGGAAGUAAAUAAUACCAAUACCGAGAACAGUGAAAGUGAAAACCAACAAGGCGAAGGACGCAUCUCAUCCCUASUGUGUGAUUUACGUAAGCCUAGUCCAAGUGGCAGCACAUCCGCAUCGCCAUGGCUGCUUUUCAACACGAUGAAUGGUCACCAUAAUGACGGAGACAACUCGGGAUUUAGCAGUGACGAUGAGUUCAGAUAUCCACCGCAAAUGGUCCUAACACCGAUCCCAGGGACAUCCCCAAUUCACAUUGAAGAUAACGAUCACGACAGCUUUGAAAACCGCCCACCUAUUCCUCUUUCAAGAUUUAGUUUUGAAGAAAACAUACACGCACCAUUCCUGAAACCUCCAUCAACGGCUGCCGUUUUGGCGCCACUACGACCAAAAAGAGUUCCCGAGCACCUUCGUCUAGACGUCGGAUACUCUUCGUCAACCGCGAAAACAUUCGAAUUUAAACCAGUGACGUCACCAGCUUCAGAACCAACACUUGCACCUUUGAAAAUCUCUAAAGUAAAACAACAACCACAACCCAUCAAGCAACAAGGCCUACCUCUAAUGCAACAACCGAUACCCAAUCGACAACUAGUAGCAUCGCCAACGAAGACAGCGCGAAGUGGUGGAUCGGCGCAAAAUCGAGAAGGGGGUUCGGACUCGGAUUUUUCUCGAUUCUGGGCUCGUAAAAAGAAACAGGAGCCAGUAAUGAAGCCUUCAUCAUCAAGUUCCAGGUGUAAACAAAUGAAUCGCUCCCUGUCUAUCCCUGAGGAGACACGGUCAGGAUCAGGCAGCAAGGGCGCAUCUGGAUUUACAUACGGCGGAUCAGAUCUCAAACAAUUUGAUUCGGACUCAGAGUUCUCAAGAAAACUAAAAGAUAAACAGCCGUUAUCAGGUGGACAAAUCCUACCAGCGAUAUCCAAUGAUAAACCUAGUAAAAUAUCACAAGGACAGGGAUCGUUUAGAGAUCAUAUCGGUAAGAAACCUAUUGGSAAGCCUACAGUUAGGUAGAUUAUACUGAGCGUCGCGGACUUAGUGAUAUUUCAGCUGGUAGACAAUCUGGGAAUUCGUUCAGGGGUAGACCAUUCGAUAAAUCCAGGAAUAAUUGAAGRAAUUGUAUCUGUGGAUUUGUUUUUUCGGGAACAUUUGAGCAGGUGAAAUUAUCGAAUGGUCUACCCCUUAUGUCWUGUUUGUCCAGCCCCCAAGGCGGAAAUCGGUCGCACCGAUGUAUUCUCAUACUUUUCACGAGAACUUUCCUCCACUUAACUUAUUUUCCUUAUUUGUUUGUUUUGCAGCRAGGUUUAGAAGAUCGGUAAAGAAGAAACAGAAAAAUAAAAGUGCAAACAAUACUACAGACAGCUUUGAUGACGGAUACGAGGAAAAUUCUCGACCGGCAAAACCCAAAGAAAAGAAGAAAAUAAGAAAAGUUAUGAGUUGGAAUACUUAAGGUGAUUUAGAUCUCAGAUAUCACUACUAGGAAUUCUUAACUCAUCGGUGUCGAACAGCUCAGCAGAAAUAUAAAUGAGCCUGCUCAGAGAAGAGUUGGGGCCAGCGGCAGUGUAAGUGCGAGACAUAGAUCGUUUGUUUAUUAAGGACAAAGCUUUCAAUCUAGAGAAUAUCAUUUGCUUCGCAUGUAGCGCAACUUAGAGAAUAACUUGCCAUGCUGUUUGACUAGAAAGAUCAAUUUCCACUUCAUGGAUUAUUUCAUUCAAGUAUUGCUAAAUUGGACCGGUUUUACGAAGGCUGGAUAAAGUUAUCCACUCAUAGAAUUUGUGUGGAAUUUAUCCGCUGAAUAAGGAUUGAAUACGGUGGAUAGCGCUAUUUCUCCCUUCAUAAAACCGGCCCCAGAUGAAUGUAGCCAAAAUCGUKUCUAAUGCUUUUUGGCAGAUUGAAACUACAUGUGAGUCGAUCGAUAUAAAUGGAAAGUUGAAAGGCGCGCGCAAAAUGGAGAAGCCAAAAAGAAGAAAGAAAGAAAAGGAAAGGAAAGGAAAGAAAGAUUGCUGAGGGAAAAAUGAAUGUUGUGUGGUUUAAAAUGCAGAUAUACAUAUAUUGUAUUUAUGUCCAUUGGAUAUAAGCAAUAGUGUACUCUGAUUGGUUACUCUGCUCUAAGUCAGCUCAUAUAUGGCGACUAGAAACAAAAUGGUGUAAUGGUAAAACACUUCUGUUGUUCAGUAAAAACAAAAUGAGAUUAUUAUCCUAUAUAUAAUUCAKUGGAAGUAGAUACACUAAAGAAUCGUAUCACUAGCAGUCGUCUUUAUUCUGGCAGAGGCUGGAGUAGACUAACUAUCCUGACGAGAUCUAGCGUGCGUAAGUUUGAACCGGAUUAUACGCAGGCUAGACGAGAUUAAGAAUGUAUGAUAAUUAUUAAAUAGAGAGUGAAAGAGAGAGAUGGGGUCUGAUCGAAAAGUGUGCAAACCUUGACUUUUCUUGGUAUUUGUACGGCAGAAAUGUUUGGCAAGUCUGGCUUUCUUGCCUUUUGUAAAUUCUGCUUUCAUGACAAGUAUUGCUUUCCUGGUGUUAGUUGCCUAUGGGCAAGACAAGGAUAAUGAUAAUCUUUAGUUACUGAGCGGAAGAGAGAACGAUGCUGAUAGUGUGCAGCCUAAAAUUGUACUAUAGCUUUGUCAAGACAACAAGUCAUCCAAAAUGACAAGCAACUUUUUAAUUUUAAAACUUGUUUUGGUACAUAUUAGACAGAAAGUUCAUAUCUAGACCGGUACUCGGGUCCUAAGUCCUGUUUUCGAUACAAAUUUAUCGCUUUCUUGUCUAUGCCGCUGCCUUGCUCAGUUAUAGACAUACAAACACCAAUGCUGGUGCGCGAGAUUGAACUCAGAAAUUAAUGGCUUUGAGAGGGGGUCAGGUGAGGUUGAAGCCAGCAGAAAUUUGUAGAGCUCUCCUCCAGAUCCGUCACUGAAAAGCCCUAUAAUUCCGAGGAUUAUCAUGAGAAUGUGCUCAAUCGCGCAGUUUAUGGGCCUUACCUCGGGGCCUUCUGACAGUCGAGCAAGCGAUUAAUCUUUGCUAUUCUUAAACGUAUGCAUUAGAAGUUAAUAAGUCUAAAAAUAAUAAACGAUAAGAAAAUGAAUAAAAAUGAAGAACAAUAAACUUCAGGUGUUGUAAUAAAAGAUUUGUUAUGAUAAA